AACAAUGUAUUAGAAGAAGAAGCAGGGAGAUGGAGUUUAGAUGAGGAACCGGUAGUCUCAGGAAAUUUAGGAAGAUCGUGCAGUAGCUGUAUGGAAGCAUUCUAUAAAUAAACAGAAUCUUGUUUCCGUGAGUCUGAGGCACUCUGCAUGAGGCGAUGCCAUUUGCAGUUUUGUUAUCUGCAAUGACUCUUCCCUUCAGCGGCAGCAAAUAAUCUUCAAUCCAGACUUCUUUGUGGAGAAGUUGCGACAUGAGAAGCCUGAUGUGUUUACAGAACUUGUGGUCAGCAACAUUACCCGGCUGAUUGACCUGCCAGGAGCAGAACUAGCCCAGUUGAUGGGAGAGGAGGACCCCCAACUGCCUGGUGGGACUGGGGUGGCCUCAGGGUUCUUCCGUUCGCUGAUGUCCCUGAAACGCAAAGAGAAAGGGGUAGUGUUUGGAGCGCCACUGACAGAAGAGGGCAUUGCUCAAAUAUCUCAGCUGAUUGAGUAUCUGCACAAGAAUCUGAGGGCAGAAGGCUUGUUCCGAGUGCCAGGAAAUAGCACCAGGCAGCAGAGCCUGAAAGAAGCCUUGAACAGUGGGACAGAGAUUGACUUGGAUUCAGGAGAAUUUCACUCCAAUGACGUGGCCACUCUGCUGAAGAUGUUCCUGGGGGAGUUACCAGAGCCCCUACUAACUCACAAACAUUUCCAUGCGCACCUCAAAAUUUCAGAACUGAUGCAGUUUGAUGACAAAGGCAACAAAACCAGCAUUCCAGACAAAGAGCGUCAGAUUGAAGCACUGCAGCUCCUCUUCCUGAUCCUGCCACCGCCCAAUCGUAAUCUGCUAAAAUUGCUCCUGGACUUGCUCUACCAGACUGCCAAGAAGCAGGAGAAGAACAAGAUGUCGGCUCAUAACCUUGCUCUCAUGUUUGCACCUCACAUCUUGUGGCCUCGAAAUGUGACUGCCAGUGAUCUGCAGGAGAAUAUUAUAAAACUGAAUAAUGGGAUGACUUUCAUGAUCAAGCACUCACAGAAGCUAUUCAAGGCUCCAGCAUACAUCCGGGAAUGUGCCAGACUGCAUUACUUGGGCUCCAGAGCACAUGCCUCAAAGGAUGACUUGGACCUGCCAGUGUCUCGGGGUCUCAAAGACUUCCAGCUCCUGAAAUUCAAGAAGCGAGGGUUGUUGGAUCCCUCUACCCACCAGGAAGAGACACAGCAACACACAGAGCAGGCUCUGAAAGAACUCUUCCGUCAUGUUCAUAAUAUGCCAGACUCUGCUAAGAAAAAGAAGCUUAUUCAACAGUUUCACAAGCAUUCUGAAGCUCUCACUCCUGGGAUGGAUACGCCCACACCUCAGACCCAGAAACGUGCCCGCACUCGUUCCUUCAGUGGUCUAAUCAAGCGUAAAGUGCUGGGGAGUCAAGUGUCCUUGGACAAAAAAGGGAAAGAUGUUGUCCUGGAGCCUGCAAGCACUGGGGAUACAAAACAUGGCAGUAAAGAGAAUGUCAGUAUGUUACAGAGACCUGUUACCUCUCCAGCAUUCAAUGUGAUUCGAGGAAAACUGAAGUCCUCUGAGCACAGGAAAGAGGACUCCUAUAAACAUCCUUGGCUCCAUAGGACUUCAACUGAAGAGUCUUGCAUUUGAGCAUUGACUGAGCGGUGUAUAUGUUCAGCAAAGACUUGCAAUCCUGUGGAUUCCCCAAGCUGUGAGCAAAGUGUUAGUGCCAGGACUUUCUGAUCCCUCUAACUCCACUUACUGAAGCCUGGCCUACAACUGCAUAUUUGCCAGAAUAAGACUUUCUUCGCUAUGAAAUUGGGGCAACCACUAUCUGUCCGUCUGUCUGGAAUGAGGAUGGACUGGACAUUAUCUGCAGUGUAGCUUCUUUUUGGAGAAGCCAUUGUCUUGUAUUCCAUGUCUUCCCAGCUGUCCACAUUUUUCUGUCAACUCUCUGGGAUUUAAACAGGUCAGCUUAUAUCUUUGUGUUUCUUGGCUGGUUUGUUUGACCAAGCUUUUAGUGUGUGGCACUUCUUUACCUUGCAACUCCCAUUAGCAUCCUCAGUGGAGUCAGGCUUUCAGCCCCUUCUGGCAGCUAGGCUUAUGUUAAUAUUUUGUGUGGAAGUCUCUCUCUGUUGUGAUUACUGAUGGAACUGGAGGUGCAGCUAUCUUCUUAGCUGUCUCUCACAGGUUGCAGAGGUCUCCCUCAGGCUUAUGACUAAUCCCAGUGCCAUGAGAGAGCAGAUAUCUGAGCUAUCCUAGCUUGGACAUUUUAGGUCAAGAGUUGAGGACAGCUGUAGUAGGAAGAGCCUCUAUAGCAGGGGUAGGCAACCUAGGCUCUCCAGCUGUUGGUGAACUGCAACUCCCAUCAUCUCCAGCCACAAUAAGUUGUGGCUGGGGCUGACGGAAGUUGUAGUUCAACAGCAGCUAGAGAACCAAGGUUGCCUACCCCUGCUCAAAAAACUAUUCUCUUUAAGAAAAUAAAAAUAAAAUAGGCCUCCUUAGCUGCAUUCUAAUAUAUCCAGGUAAUAGCUUUGCAGAGCGUCUACAUCUUCCGCCUUUCAAAAGGCAGCUGUCACAGAUUCCUUUACCACAUCCCCUUGUCUCCAGUAUUCGGCUGUCCCUCUUCUAGCCAUGCUGAUUGCCAAGAGAACGGUCUUGACUGAAGCUCUGUCUGAUGGAGUCUGUCUCACUGCCCCCUCUCUGUCAUGGUCCCAUUGUGUGAGGCCCAGGCUCUGACGCACAUUCCUCAGGCUGGACAAGGGGUUGACAGUUUAAUAACUUUAACUAUCUCUUGGAAGUGCACAAAAGGAGAGAGGCGCUUGUUAAUGUGGAAGGAGGAAAGACAGUCAGAUCAAUAAAAGAAAUGUUCUUUCUCCUCCUGUCAAAAGAGUGCUAGUGAGAGGGUGAUAAUGCUGCUGUUUAGGUGGGCCACAGAAACACUGUGACAAAGACCUGCCAGCUGUUAUGCUUCCACUUGCUCUUAAGGAAGCAGAGAUCUGUCCAGGUGAACACCCCUUGAAACGUCAUGGAAGCAUACAGCCACCUGUGACUUUCAGUGAUGUGAAUCUCAAUGCAGUAGAAAUGGCUAGGUGCCAUCAUUUGGUUCAAUAUUGUAUUUUAUCUAGCCUUGGUAGGUUCUUUUUGCCUGUGGAUGCAUUUGGCAUAGGGCUUUACUUGAGUUUUUGGGCAGAGCAAAUAUUUGGAUUUCUUAAAUAUGAGAAGACUGAGCUCUGCUUGUUUGACUUUAAGGGACAUCUAAGGCUGGGUCAGAACCACAUCAAAUAAACACAUUCUUGAUUGUUCUGCUAUAGACUGCAUUCAUACCAGUGCCUGCAAAUAGCCUUAAGCCAAUGAGCAGAAGGCUGUUAAUGUGGUGAGCUCAGCUUCAAGACUCAAGUUGGUGCCAAUAAGUGUGUGGGGGGUGGGGGCAUUGUUGUGGAGGAAAACAGCUUAAGUCAAUUUUUUGUCUUGCUCUCCAUUUAACUAAACUGUGCUACUAGAUAGGGGAGUAGCAAAGCAAGCAAUAAAACAUGAGGAGGGAACCAAACAUUUUAUGAACAGAUCCAGCUAGUCUUUCUUUGAGAUGCUUUCUGAAAGGACGUAACCCCUCCUAUACACUAUGGAGAACACACACUCAUUGGAUCUGCCUACUCUAAAUGCCAAAUCAGGCUGAACUGGGGAAUUCCCCCAAGAGAUGGGUGCUCUAGAGCAGGGAUUGUCAACGUUGGGUCCCCAGAUGCUUUUGGACUUCAGCUCCCAUAAUCCCCAACCAAAGGCCACUGGGGCUGGGGAUUAUAGGAUGCAUUGGGGAAUUCCCCCAAGAGAUGGGUGCUCUAGAGCAGGGAUUGUCAACGUUGGGUCCCCAGAUGCUUUUGGACUUCAGCUCCCAUAAUCCCCAACCAAAGGCUACUGGGGCUGGGGAUUAUAGAAGCUGAAGUCCAAUAACAUCUGGGGACCCAACGUUGAGAAUCCCUGCUCUAGAUGCCCAUCUCUGUGUGCAGCUGGGCUGGAAGCAGCCUGUGCUUGCACACAAGCAUUUAGCCAGGGGUAAGGAAGCGCUCACUCCCUUAACCUUGGCUAACAGUACCCAGGAUAAACAGUGGGACUAGGUGGUGCUGCGCCAUCAAGAUUGGGCCCAAUCCCGGUAGUCCCCACAUGCAGCCAAACCCAAGCUAGGCAUCCCGAGCCUGGGUUAGGCUGUGCAUGAGAACAGUCUCAGAGUGGCUAUGAAAGAUUUGGAGGCAACAACCUUUGUUUGUGUUCCCCAAACUUUAGAUGAGGCUACUGACAACUGGGGUUGCUAUAGACCAGGGAUUCUCAACGUGUGGGUCCCCAGAUGUAAUUGGACUUCAACUCCCAUAAUUCCCAACCAAAGGCCGCUGGGGCUGGGGAUUAUGGGAGUUGAAGUCCAAGAACAUCUGGGGACCCACACGUUGAGAAACCCUGCUAUAGACAGACUCUUUAAACUUUCUAUUGCUUGUACUGUCAUUUUUCUUGGUCUUGGAGUAACUGCCUUAUAAAUUAUGGAAAAUGUUAGGGAAAUUCAUGAAGCCACAUAUCUGAAUCUGGAUACCACCAAGCCUGCUUAGGGUGUGCCAUGGGGUCAUUUGAACUCUUAAACAACUUUGGGAAGGAAAGCAACUCCAGUACUUACCAGACAUUUCAUGCCCAUUGCUGCUCCCCAAAAUGUUUCAAUGAUCUGUUCUUCUCUUUGUCUUAUCCUUGUUAUAUUGUGGACAACCCUUACUUACAAUGUACAUAACAUGUUUCUUGUACUGUAUUGUCUUGCCAUUUCUGUUUAAUGUGGAAUUCUUACAUUAAAUACCCAUUGGUAUUGUUGCCUUGUUAACAGA